AUGUCGCAGUCAUACCAAUCCCGAUACCUGCAACAUGGCCAGCACAAUGGCGCACCAUCUGCAGAUUCCGCAAUCGAUCUUGAUCCUUCUAGCAUCAGCCUAGUUUCGCGACCAUCAACCGCCAACGGCGAAGACUUUCCUCUGCGACCUGUAUCUCGCGCAAGCACAGUACGCUCCCGUGUCGACAAUACCUCGAGAGUUUCCCAAGAUGCACCAUCUACCGAGUAUCACCCUUUGGAACCACCGACCGAGCAAGAAGGUCAGGUCAUCAAGGCGUUCGACUGGUGGUGGUGGUGGGAUAUUGGAGCCGCUGCCGUGAGCGUCAUCUGUCUCGGCCUCAUCGUCGGAGUCUUGGUCGAGGCAAACGGCAAACCGCGAGAUGAUUGGCCCCUAGCCAUACAGCCCAACUCCAUCAUCGCUGUGCUGACAACCGUGGGUAAAUCAGCCUUGCUGGUGCCUAUCGCAAGCUGUUUGAGCCAGCUGAAAUGGAGACUCAUCUAUACACGAGCCAGUCCGAUAUCUUAUCUACAGGCGUUUGACGAUGCGAGCCGAGGACCUUGGGGCUCCUUCAUGAUGUUCUGGACGCUUCCACUACAGUCAAAGCUAGGUUGUGCUCUUGCGCUCAUAACUAUUCUAUCCCUGGGAAUAGACCCAAGUGCGCAACAGAUUCUAGACUUUCCCAUCCGGGAGAGAAGGUUGGACAAUGUGACAGCAGAGAUGGGCGUGGCCCAAAAUUACUCUUCAAAGAGCUUCCUGCAGCGAGAGGGCGCGAGCUCCCUUGCCGGGGAACCUUUCCAGCCAAACUUUAAAUGUCCACCGCCAGCAACUCGUUGCGAAUGGCCCGAGUUCUCGACCCUCGGGGUUUGCAGUACCCUCCACGACGUGACCGACAAAGCCACGAGGGAAUGUGAGGAAUCGGAAACCAACUCUUACUUCCAGCAGUGCAAUUACACUAUUCCACUACUCAAACAGAGUGAACUCGAAAAGGAAAAAGACGAGAAACCAUCGUUGCGAUACCUCAACAACGACGCAUACAAGAACCAUGAAGACACACAGAUCUUGCACACCGAAUUUAAGUCAAUGUCGAUGGAUGGAUGGCUCGGCCAACUUCUCGUCAUUCGGCACGAGAACGGGUCAUGGAUCAGUACAGGAAAGGGAAAGUCGAGACCACCAGACGCAGAAGUCUUUGUUGCAGAUUUCAAAUGGUGUAAACGAGUUUUCAAGGAUGUCAAGUCAUCAAACGAAGCGAUCGAUUCCAAGUCUGAGAAAUCAACCGAUACGAUGCUCAAGUACAUCGAGCAACCCAAGCUAUCUGAAGACGUCCGCAUAAACUAUGUCAUCUUGGGAACACCAGACGGCGACGAAACCUUCUGGGUAGCUUCUACACUUGAGGGAAGACUUCCAUACUAUUUGGAGCACCUCUUGACCGUCACCAUGACGGAGCAAGCGAAUGGAAGUCCUCGAUCACAGGUCGAUCUCACGACUCCACUGAAUGCAGGGUUUAUCCUUAAGCUGGCCGACAUGGAGAAAUUGACCAGUGACAUCGCGUCAACACUCACAAAUCAGCUCCGGAGUAGCAGCCCGGGAGACAACAAGGACGCCGAGAUGGUGAAAGGAACUGCAUACAUCAGGGAGCCUGUUAUAGUGGUACGUUGGGUGUGGCUGAUCCUCCCAGCGGCAGCAACGUUUUUGAUGGUUAUCUUGUUAGUUUGGAACAUUUUGCUGGUGAAAGGGGUGCCACUGCUGAAGGCGUCUGUUCUGCCGUAUCUGUUCUAUCCUCUGCGGGGAUGGAAAGAGGAGGAGCUUAGGAUUGCCGGGGUUCAGACCGUCGAGAAGCUAGAUGUGCUUGCGACCAGAAUGCAGGGGAAGAUGGAGGUAAAUGAGGGAGGCUAUGGGAUAUACAGGAUGAAAUAG